AUGGAGCCUGCUAUCCCAAUGCUCGAUGAAGAAAAGGAAUACACAAUCGACUCCAGUCUUCUCGAUACACCAAUUGGAGCAGCAACACGCCGUGAGAUUCUGGCUGAGUUCUGGGGCGCGUCGAGGUUACAACGCCUGAAUGGUCUUGAGGUUGAUCUGGAGCCUUACUGGAGCUACUAUGGCAAGGAAUGCAGUCACGCUCUACACGAGGAGGGCAGACAUGUCGCUGCAAGAUAUCACCGAGACAUCAUCGAGAUUGUUCGGCAGCUGAAAGGCGGCGUGCUUCGACAGGAUGUCAAGGCUGGUCUGCGCUCCAAGCUAACGGUCCUCCACGCGAACGAGGACGAGAUGUUAGACAACUCCAUCAAUUUGGCAGCAGGUCUGCUUCUCAUGAUUGACUUUGGUGGCUUCUCAUACGGCUUUUCCGGCAAGACCGAGUUGGAGUGGAAGGACGCGCCGCUGGUAGACUUCUUAGAGGAUUACUUCUGUGAUGACAGCGUGCUGGCCCAUGAACGGGUGAAGCUAGAAAAGAACUUCACGGCGCGGAACCUCGGCCGCAUCGCCGGAGUAGAAAUUGUCUGGACCGAUAACCUCAUCGACCACCUGCGGAUGACGGAUGAUGACACUAGGAUACACAUCUUUCACCAUGCGUCGUUUUUAGAAACGCAAAGGAAAAGCAGCGAUAGCAUGCUACCUUCAGGUCUGGCGGAGGAGACGAUCCAGACUCUCGCGCUUCUUUUCCCGUCAACAGACCCGGAACUGAAGAAGUGGUUCGCCAAGUUGCCGGCCUCACCACACCUCGACCGGCGUGUCAUUCAGUGCGGGCGGCUUAAGACCGAUCAUAGGCAAAUCGAGAGAUUCAGCUUCUGGCGUGACAGGCUCGUGACGCUUAAACAGGUUUUCGACGAAGCGCAGCCUAAGACGUUAUCGCAAUGGUGGCAUGACCGCAGGAAUGGCGUCCAGUGGUACACCUUCUGGGUUGCUGUCCUUGUGUUGGUGCUGACUAUUGUGUUCGGGCUAAUACAGAGCAUUGAAGGUGCUCUCCAGGUUUAUGCCUCUUUCAAGGCGCUCAAAAAUCCUGGAUAG